AUGACUAUAAUUCGUGAAUAUCGGCAAAAAAGAUCGCGAAAUAGAAAAAAUAUAUUUCUAGAUCAAGCCAGAUUAUUUUGCGAAAAUUCCACUUUACAUGGCGUUAAAUAUGUCGCAGAAAGCGAUAGAAGUUACGCAGAGAGGUUUAUGUGGGUUAUAUGGAUAACUGCUGGAUUGGUUACUACUAUUAUAAUUAUUGUUAAUCUAUGGGAGAAAUUCCAAACGAAUCCAACAAUAACUGGAUUAGAUACAGAUUUUCACAAUUGGGAUGUCGCCUUUCCCGCUAUUACGAUUUGUCAAAAUAACCCAGCAAACGACGAAAGGAUAAAUGAUAUUAUUAAUAUCAAUCAGAACAGUUCAGAUCAGAAAGAUUUUUAUACAAAGCUGGCAAAGUUAUCCCUAUACAAUUGGAAAUAUUUCACAGAGCUCUAUCCCACGCAAAAUUUUGUUGAUAAUGACACAAAUAUGAGACAACUUGCCUACAAUAUUUCUAACAAAUGUGAAGAUAUAUUUGAUACUUGCCAUUGGAAAUCAACCACGUAUAAUUGUUGCGAUAUAUUUUAUCCGGUUUUUACGGAAAAUGGUUUUUGUUACACAUUCAACUCGAAACAUUACGAUAGAAAUCUCGUAACGUCUGAAAACAGAACAUUUAUCAAACGUUACAUUCAACAAACAGAUUUAAACUGGUCGAUAAGAUUCACAGUUAAAUCUUUGCAAUCGUUUUUUUCUAUCUAUAUAUUAAAUUCCGAUGAAAUAAUUGGUAUCGAUUCCAAACAGCAACACAUAUGGGAUUUCCGUAUAGAUACAAUUUUAUUUUCCGUAAAACAAACUUACACAACAUUGGAUACGUCUCAAUUGAAUAUAAAACAAAGGCACUGCGCUUUCUCAAACGAAGUUAGAAUAAAGAUAGAUGAUACUUAUUCUUACACUGCUUGUACAACAGAAUGUCGCAUGAAUAACGCAAUGAAAUUCUGUUCUUGUAUUCCAUUCUUUUACACUAUUGUAGACGCGGGCUACAGACAUUGCAGAUUCGAUGAACUUAAUUGUAUAAGUAAAUAUUUAGAUGAAAUUGAGAACAUAGAUAAAUGUAAAUGUCACUUAGGUUGUUUACAUACGGUUUACGAAAUAGAAAAACUAGAUAUGUUAAAGUCAAAUGAAGAAGAAAGUGCAACACUGGAAAGUAAGUUUGUAUCGUGGCCAAUGGUAAGGUAUAAAAGAGAAGUAUUAUUUGGUUGGGUUGAUCUGUUGGUUUCAUUUGGUGGCAUAGCCGGAUUAUUUUUAGGAUUCAGUCUCUUAUCCGCGGUAGAAUUAAUUUACUAUUUUACAUUGAGAUUUUACUGCAUGGCUCGAAUGAAACGUAAAUAUAAAAACGUGGGAAACAGUCCAGUAAGAGUCAUGAAAAAAUUCAAAGAGUUGUCAAACUAUACGAUAGAAAUUCAAAAAUUUUCCAUUACAUCAAUUAUUAUGAAAAUUGAAGCAUUUUCUUCGAAAAAAGUUUGUUUUAUCUUAUAUUUCUUGAAAAUAUUUUUUAGAACUUUGUAG